GGCCCCCUGUUUCUCAGUGACUUGUACACCCUCCGGGGCGCAGUGGGGGGGGGGGGCUCAGAGCCUCUCAGAGUCUCAGAUGCAGAAGCUGCCUGCCCUCCCUACCCCCAGACCAGGAGAACACAUUGGGGUCACCACCAGCUCCCCACAAGCCCCUCUCAAGCUCCCUCCCCUCCUGUUCCAGGCUGGAUCCAAGAAUGAGGGCUUCCAGCCGCUGGUGGAGGCCUUGUCUGCUAUUCCCAGACCCAUGAUGAGCACCGCAAUGACCAAGAGCAUCAGCCUGUUUGACCUGCUCCCUAAGCAGGAGAAACUGAGGCACUACUACCGCUACCUGGGCUCGCUCACCACGCCGGGCUGCGAGGAGAAGGUUGUCUGGACUGUGUUUGCGGAGCCCAUUCAACUCCACAUGGACCAGAUCCUUGCAUUCUCUGAGAAGCUGUACUAUGACAACAACCAGAAGAUGACGGACAACGUCAGGCCCCUGCAACCCCGGGGGCAGCGCCCGGUGUUCAGGUCCCAGGCCCCCGGCCGACUGCUGCCCUUGCCGCUGCCCGCUCUGCUGGCCCCCACACUCACCUGCCUGGCGGCUGGCUUCCUCCGAUGAUGGCUCACCUCGGGACACUUUCCUCUGACCUCUGCCCUCAGAGGGCUUGGGGCUCCCUUCCUCUGCUUCCCAGGUUGGACUUGGAUGAUGAUUGAAAGAAAUACAGAUAUAUUUUUAGA